UGAAUUCAGCUACAUCAAGGCUGUGGAGAAGCGUUGUCCGCAUGUCCUGUUACCUAUACCCAAGCUAACGAGGGAGAACAACAUAGAGAGUCUUCUAAUAGUUGUGCCGCAUGCUACUGCUCGCCUGUUUGGAACGUUAUUUAUGUAGAUCUUCGAGAAACCAUGAUUUAGAUUUAAAUUAGAGGAUAGAAGUAGUCAUUUCUACUUUCGACUAAGCCUUUAUCACUGAGUAA